CACAAACAGCUCCCAGGCUUGGUUCAGGGAGAGACCCCACCCUGAAUUUUUUCAGGCCCCCUCAACUUAAGCUGGUGCAGAGCUGCCUGUGAAACGCCAUUGCUAACAGGGCCUUGGUCCCCUUCCAGGCAGCGCUGUGGACACGGCCGGCCACUCAGGGUCCUCGUCCCCAUGGCCACCGGCCUGGGCAGCUCCCUGCCAGCCCUGGCCAGCGCCAUCCGGCCCGACCCCACCCUAACCCUGGAACAGAAGGCCACCUUCGUGUUUGUUUUCUUCCUCUUCGUCUUUCUGGCGGUGCUGAUCACCCGCUGCUUCCGCAUCCUCCUGGAUCCCUACCGGAGCAUGCCUUCGUCCACGUGGACUGAUUACGUGGAAAAAGACACAUUGGACUACCGCCUGGCCUGAUGGGCGGGAAAGGCGGCAGCGGUGCCAAGCCCAAGCUUGGGUCCUGGUGCCUUGGUUGAGCCUCCAUGAGCGGGGGCAGUCUAUCUGCCUGGGCACAGCAGAGAUGACAGGCUAUGCUUUUGUGCCGGGAUGGUGG